AUGGUGAGGCAAGCGGUGGUGUUGGGUGGUGUGUUUAGUCCGAUGCUGGCGGCCGCUGGGAGAGCCAAUGGCGGGUUUUUGUCGUAUGGAGUGUUUGGGGUUGUGGUUGGGGUUUGUGGGUUGUUUGCUUUAUGUUUGCCAGAGACAAGAGGCUGUGGGAUUUGUGAUACGAUGGAUGAACAAGAGUACAAAGACACAGCUGCUUGUAACGCGGUUGGUCGUGUCUAG